AUGCUCUCACAAGUCCUUGUACACCAUGGCCUCCUUCCUACUGCACCAUCUCAACCAUGCAUGGCAGUCUCCAUGGGUCUCCUUGCAUUCUACUGGGCAUUGUUUGAGUGUUCAUGUGAUGCCAUCCACAUGCUCGCCUCCACUCUGAAAACUCAUGACACCCGCUGA